AUGAGGCAGCUGCUACCGGAGGAUGACCCGGCUGCAGCGGAGGUGGCGGAGAAGAUGGAGGUUGAGCCAGCUGCGGAGGACCAAGCUGCGGCGGAGAUGGCGAAGGAGAUGGAGGCUGAGCCAGCUGCUCUACCGGAGGAGGACCAUGCUGCGGCGGAGGUGGCGGAGGAGGUGGAGGCUGAGCCAGCGGCUCCACCUGAGAAGGACCAGGCUGCGCCGGAGGUAGCGGUGGAGGUGGAGGAUGAGCCAGCAGCUCCACCUGAGGAGGACGAGGCUGAAAGGGUGGUCUUUCCGGAAGCGGACCUGGCAGACGAGGAUGAAGCAGAGCCAGCGGCUCCAUCGAACGAGGACGAGGCUACGCCGGACGAGGACGAUGGAGGGCAAUCCCUCUCCAAAAGGGUGGUCUUUCUAGUCUCCCGGCCAUGCUACUGA